AGAUUACAACAAUUAGGAGGAAAACGACGUCGUUUGCCACUAGCCAGUGCCAGUGCCAGUGCCAACGUUCCACAGUCGUAAAUUGCAGUCCUAAAUCCUCUGAUGCUUCAACUUUCAGCACUGGGAAGAAACUCGUUCCUGAGGCGAGGGAGGCUGCGACUCUGUGAGUAGGCAGGCACUUCCUAGAAUUUCCCCAAUCUGAGGAGGGUCGGGAAAUCGCGAGCAUGGCGAUUGCAGGAGAUGCGAGGGUGUCUGUGACUCUGGGCACUCAUCGGGCAUACCCUCUUCGAAAAUCUCUGCCCCCAUCAAAGAUAAAUUUCACUGGUUUCCAAAAUGGUGUAUCUUGCUAUAACGUUUGCAGCCAUUUGAAACAGAAUAUUGGAAUAAUGGGGGAAAAUAAGCUGCCUCCACGAGCUGUUAGUCAGGAAGCUGAGAGUUUCCUCCUAAAUGCUAUAAAUUUGAACUUCUUUGAGCGGUUGAACUUGGCUUGGAAGAUUGUGUUCCCUUCAGCAGCAUCAAGGAGGAGCUCUAAUGCAAGUAUUGCCAAGCAGCGCCUAAAGAUGAUCCUUUUCUCUGAUCGGUGUGCUGUUAGUGAUGUUGCAAAGCAGAAAAUCGUCAACAGCAUCGUGCAUGCCCUAUCAGAUUUUGUAGAAAUAGAAUCACAGGAUAAAAUCCAGCUUAGCGUGUCUACAGAUUCGGGUCUCGGGACUGUUUAUUCUGUCACAGUGCCUGUACGGCGGGUGAAGUCAGAAUAUCAGGAAGAGGAGGAGGUUGGAGCAAUAACGAACAUAGAGUACAGAGAUACUGGGGAGAAAUCUGGUUCUGUUGAUGUCACUUUUGAUUUCUUUAUUCCAAGCAAAAAUGGUUAAUGAAUUUCCAUGUUUAUGUUCAAAGAAAGGUGAUGAUCCCAGCAGGUCUAGUGUGGCCAGUGUCAGAAUUCUUCCUUUAUAUGCUUGGAUUUUUAGCUUGGUUGAUGAUCAUGUAUAUAUCUGUGAAACAUCUUGCAAGGGACUUGCAGAUUUUGCUACUUUGGAGUUUGCUUUUUAAACCAAUGACUUUAUAA